UGCUAAAUCCUAUACACAACCAGGGACUUAGAUUUUGUCUUGGUGCCUUCAAAACAUCUCCUGUGGAGAGCUUGUAUACUAGCGGAAAAAAGUGGAGUACGGACAAUUGCUCACCGGACAAUUGCUCACCAAUAAAGUGAGAAAUAGGUCAAUUGCUCACCUUUAUUAUUAUUACUGUUUACUUUCCUUUUUCAUGAUCACCCUAAUGUCGUGGUCACCUUUGAUAUGUUUUCUUUUGUUAAUAAAACAUAUAAUUUCUAAAUUAUAGUGUUGUUUUUUAGUAAUUAGUGACUUUGUAGCCUUUUAUCACUACACUUAAUACAUGAAAGCUUUAAAAAAAAAAAGGAUUAGAAACAUCACAAAAAAUAGUAAAAUUGACAUGACUCACUCACAUAGGAGUACUUCUUCAAUUAUAGGUAUAUAUAGUUAUUGGGUUUCUGUUUUUAUUAGCAAUUAUGGAGAUUAUUAAGACAGAGAGAGGUCAUAGCAAGCUUUGUGUGGAAGGAUUUAUGUAUGUUAAGAAAAUAGCUAAGAAGGACUGGAUUCGGUGGCAAUGUGUGCAUCAACGGUCCUCUGGCUGUAAAGGCGCCGUUACCACUGAUGUUAAUGUGACUGAUGUACGUUUCCAUAAGAUCCAUGAUCAUGAUCCUGACGAGGCAGCUAUUGAGGUGGCCAAGGUGCGCUCAUCCCUGAGGGAGAAAGCCCUGACCAUCAAAGCAAGACCUGCUCAGAUUCUAGCUGCUGGUCUACAGAAAGCAUCCAACACUGCCCGUGCUAACCUUGGGAGAAUGGACACUUUGAAGAGAACCAUCUGCCGGCAGAAACGUGGAACUCUCCCUGCUGAGCCUGCAUCUCCGCGCGAUUUGGUGAUUGAUGGUGAAUGGACCAAUACUGGUGAUAAUGAUGAUGCCCAGCCCUUCCUCAUCCAUGACAAUAGAUCUGGUGCCAACAACCGUGUGACGGUGUUUGCUACGCAACAAGCACUUCAGUUACUGGCACGCUCUAGGACCUGGUAUAUGGAUGGGAACUUCAAGAUGGCACCAAACAUCUAGACCCAAGUUUAUGUGAUUCGUGUUGAACUCGGAACAUCAGCAGUGUCUUGUGUAUAUGCUUUGGUGUGUGUUAAACACCAGUCAGUCUAUGAGGAGCUGCUUCAAUGUGUACUGGACAAGUGUGGUGAAUAUGGUCUCUAUCCAGAUCCGGAAAUAGUGGUUACAGACUUUGAGAAGGCUGUUAUACAAGCUGUUUCAUCUGUCUUGGGGGAACACGUGAGGACACAGGGAUGUUUCUACCACUUGUGCCAGAGUACCUACAGAAAGAUACAGGACCUUGGACUAACAAAACUGUAUCAGACUGAAAGAGAUGUCAAGAUGUUUGCAGGGAUGAUAGAUGGUCUGGCAUUUCUACCUCUGAAUCAAGUGAUGGAUGGUAUGGCUUUCCUCCGUGACAACAUCCCUGAUAUUGAACUAUUUUGACCAGACCUAUGUCAGUGGGACAUUCCGACGAGUUCAGCGAGAAGGUGAAGCUGGGAUGCGUAUUCGUCAGAUAGCGCCCAUGUUUCCACCAGGUCUCUGGAACAUCCAUGUCACCACCCUUGCAGAUGGUUCCAGAACGAACAACAUCUGUGAAUCAUGGAACAUUGGAUUCCAGAGGCUGGUUGGCCAUCAGCACCCUUCUGUGUGGACAGCUAUCAACUGUCUACGCAAAGACCAGGCACUGGUCUCCACCCUCACCCUGCAACAUCAGCGAGAUGAACCACCUAGGAAGAGGGUGAAGAGGUCCACUCAGCAGAUGCAAAGCAGACUGCAGAAUUUGUGUCUGGAGUUUUCUGAUGGAAAUAGGAGACUGGGAGAUUUCCUUCAGAACAUCUCGCACAAUAUUCGAUUGUGCUGAACAUUUCUAUACUGAACUGAUGUGCUGAACUUGUUUAAAAUAUAGUUGUUUUAUAAUUAGUUUUGUUAUUUUAUUAAAAUGUGUUUAACUGACAUUUCUAUA